AUGUCGGCUCCCUUGCUAUCAGAAAGCGUGCGCCGCAGCUCAGAACCCUUCGACGGCCUUCAAUCAGCAUUUGGCCAGACUCCUGGCCAGACGCAGUUGGCUGAGAUCAACGAGCAGCACCCAUUCUCGCUCGGCGGACGGUUUCCAACCCUUAGUCGCCGAUCCUCGAACUCCUCACACUCCAGCGAUGUGGAUAUUCAACAACUCAGUCUGAGUUUCGCUCAAGUCGGUUCGUUCGGUUCAGGAUCAUUUUUGGAUACCGGCGUGGGAAGAUAUGGCCUCAGCGAACAACGGCCAAAGACAGUCCUGAAGCACCCGAGCACUUCCAUAACCGCGACACAAGUGUACGGCACAUUCGGCGACGAGGACGAAGAGUCCGGUGUGCUUAAGGACGCGGACGAUAUCGACGAGGACGACAGGUUCAUCGGAAUAAGUCCACCCCGGUUCUGGCUGCUCUUCCUGGUGAUCGCGUUGGGUUAUUUCAUUGCUUGCUUCGACUCCACACUCAUGGCUUCCAGCCACCCGGUCAUCACAUCUUUCUUUGGAGCCUCGCAAGCUGCGUCGUGGCUGAGCACUGUCUUUUUGAUCACAAGCACAGCCUGUCAGCCACUGUUUGGCCGGCUGUCUGACACGAUUGGCAGGAAGCCCGUGUAUUUGCUGUCACUUUUCAUUUUCGGCGUGACGACGGCCUGGUGUGCAGUUGCAAACAGCAUUGAGAGCUUCAUUGCGGCAAGAGCGGUCUGUGGCCUCGGGGCCGGAGGAACCAUGUCUCUGAGUUUGAUCAUCCUCAGUGAUCUUGUCCACAUCGAGCAUCGUGGAGUGUUCCAGUCCCACAUCAAUCUAGCUUUUGGGCUGGGUUCUGCAUCCGGGGCAGCUCUGGGUGGGUGGCUGUGCGACAGUCUGGGCUGGAGAUGGGCGUUUGGAAUUCAGGUUCCCGUCAUCGGUCUUUGUCUGAUCAUGGCUUUCGUGUUCACACCAUCGCACAUGGGCCCAAUGCUACUGGUAACCACUGAAGGCGGUGCCUGGUCCGCCCUGAAGAGCUUCGAUUAUCUUGGCUCCGUCACACUCUCUUUGACAGUCACGUCCCUGAUCCUCGCUCUGAAUCUCGGAGGCAACCUUCUUCCCUGGAGCUCUCCCGUGGUAUUGUCCUGCUUCGUUGGGUUCGCCAUGAUGGGAUGUCUCUUCGUUGUCAUCGAGACGCGCACCCCACAUCCACUAAUGCCGUUACACUUACUGUGCAAAGCGCCGGUCGCAAAUCUGGUCUUCGCGAAUCUUCUGGGAGGCGUCGCAUCCAACACUAUCUUGUUCAAUUUGCCACUGUUCUUCCAGGCUGUCUUGCUCACGUCUGCAUCAGACUCAGGUUUUCGGCUUGCGCUGCCCAGUCUGGUUGGCUCAUUCGCGGGUAUCUCGACAGGAUACAUCAUCACUUAUACUAGACAACUGAAGCCGACGCUGGUCGCUGGAGCAGUUGUGUAUAUGCUUGGGUCUGUAGCAACUUGCUCGAUUAGUAAGCACACGUCGCCUGUCAUGACCCUUAUUCUUAUCGCGGGAGUACCAUUGGGACAGGGGUUUGUUUUCCCGAAUACCAUGAUGAGUGCUCUCGCUGUCUCCGAGCAAGCGCAACAAGCAGUGGUGACGACGACCAUCGGACUGUGGAGGAAUUUAGGAAUCGUACUGGGCGUCGCCGUCUCGAGUCUGGUCUUCCAGAACAGUCUGACUGUUAAUCUGAGACGAAUCGUAAAGGAAGGGGGAAACGACGAGCUAAUUGAGAGGGCGCGUUCAUCUGUCCAGUCCAUCAAGCUUCUCCCGCUUCCCUUGAGAGACCAAGUGACGGACGCUUACGCUUUCUCCCUGAGAACAUCGUUUUUGUGUGCAAUAGCAGCUUCUGCAGUGAUGAUCGUCCUGAUUCUUCCCAUCAAAUUGCCCCGCUUGAGAAGAGGCCGUGAGAUGACAUUUAGCACCGCGGAAUGA